GUUGAAAGACCAAAGGAAGGCUUCUCUAGAGAGAGAAAGACCUGCCCCCCCGCUAGCCCUGUAGAGAGAGAAAGCGCCGGUAGCAGUUGCAGAGGAGCUCCUCCUCUUCUCGGCGACGAGGGGCGGUGUUCCUUUGAACCGAAGCGAUUCGAUCGAAGGAGGAGGCCCGGCAAAAGGCUGACAAUCCGGAGCACGACAUUGUCGUCGCUGCCGUUCGUUCGCUGUUCACGCCCGCGGCCCGCAGCAGCAGCAGCAGCGUCGUUGCGAACCGCAGCGCCCUUCGGGUUCCUCGCCUCCGGGUCUUGUGGCUUUUGCUUGCUUUUGUCUGGGUGGUUUGGUUUCUUGGUGUUGUUUUGGGGAGAGUAGAAGAGAGGAGGAGGGGGGGAAGAAGAUGCAGAUGCAGAGAAUGGAGAAGAUGGAGUGGCAUGCUUGCCAGGACGAGUACGAGAAGCUCGUGUUUCGCAUGAACACCCCGAGGGUGGUGAUUGAUAAUGGUGCUUGUCCCGCUGCCACUAUUGUCAAGGUCGACAGUGCAAGAAAACAUGGGAUUCUCUUGGAGGCGGUCCAGAUCCUCACUGAUCUCAACCUUUCCAUCAAGAAGGCUUACAUUUCGUCCGAUGGAAGAUGGUCCAUGGAUGUUUUCCAUGUGACCGAUCAAAACGGAAAGAAAUUAACGGAUGAGAGCGUUAUCAGCUACAUGGAACAGUCUCUCGGAACCAUUCACUAUACGAGCACCAGUGACUACACUGGCCUAACGGCGCUAGAGCUGACCGGCACAGACCGGGUCGGCCUGCUCUCCGAGGUGUUUGCAGUGUUGGCCGAUCUGCAAUGCGAUAUCGUGGAGGCCAAGGUGUGGACUCACAACGGCAGGAUCGCUUCCUUAAUAUAUGUCAAGGACUGCAAUUCCGGGUCCCCGAUCGAGGACUCGCAGCAGAUCGAUAGAAUCGAAGCACGGUUGAGGAAUGUUCUCAAGGGAGAUAACGAUAUUAGGAGCGCGAAGACGUCAGUUUCUCUGGCAGUGACACACACCGAGAGAAGACUGCACCAGAUGAUGUUUGCGGAUCGCGAUUAUGAGAGGGAGCCGGUCCUACAGCUAAAUGGCGACUCUCCAGUAGUGACAGUACAACAUUGGGCCGAGAGGGGUUACUCGGUCGUGAACGUUGAGUGCAAGGACAGAACAAAGCUUCUGUUCGAUGUGGUGUGCACGUUGACGGAUAUGGAGUACGUCGUCUUCCACGCGACCAUCGAUACUACUGGGAAUAGAGCAUCUCUGGAAUUCUGCAUUAGGCACAUGGAUGGAACCCCGAUUAAUUCCGAGGCUGAGAGGCAACGUGUGAUCUUAUGUCUGCAAGCUGCUAUCGAGAGAAGAGCAUCUGAGGGUGUGAGGUUAGAACUAUGCACGGCCGAUAGACCGGGCCUUUUAGCAGAGGUCACAAGGACAUUCCGCGAGAACGGCCUCAACGUGACGAGAGCCGAGAUAUCCACCACGUUGGGCACAGCUUUCAACGUGUUCUAUGUGACGGAUGCAGUGGGGAACCCGGCAGAUUUGAAGAUCAUCGAGGCGGUGAGGCAGAGGAUCGGGCUCAGCGAACUGCGAGUGAAGGAAGUGCCAUUGAUCUACCACAGAAGCCCAGAGAGUGAAGGAGAGGAAGCAGUUGGGGUUGCUGGGGCUGUGCUGUUGUCACUUGGAAGCCUAGUGAGGAGGAAUCUGUACAAUUUGGGGUUGAUCAGAUCAUGUACUUGAAAAGGGCAAAAAGAAAAUUUGAAAAGAGAGAGAAGGGAGUGAGGGAAAAAAGGGUAUUUUGCAAAUUGGUAGGGAGAUUCGUCCACUGAUGUGGCGGCAUAUUCUUUGCUUCAGAUUGGGGGCUCUGUGUGCAUAGCAGAAGAGGGCAGAACAGCAAAAAGUUGGGAAUUUGGUGAUGGUAGCUUGCUAGUUUAGUUAGGGGCGGGUUUGAGGGUUUGUUGGUUGGUCGGUUCAUUUUGAUGGGGACCCAGAUUGGAUUGGAGGAUUGGGGGGUCCCCCCUAUACAAGAUUAAAUUUUUAAAUGCUUGAUUUUUUAUGGAGGUUUGAAUUAUAGCCAGAAUGGAGCAGAACAAAAAAGAAAAAAGAAAGAGGACAGGUGAGGAAAGUUAAAACAGCAAAUUGGUGGUGAGAGGGUGUUGUUGAAGGUUUAGUGAUGAUGGAUGAGGGUCAUGGAUACUGCAGUUUGCGUUGGUGUCGGUGUUGGUGGCGGUGAGUGAGAGAGAGAUGAGUUAGGUAGAUGAAAUCAUUAGUUAUUUCUACAAAGCAGCAGAGAGUAUUGUACAUAAAAUGACUAUUUUUUUUUCUAGUACUUGUUUCAAUGGUUGACUUGAGUUCUCCACAUUCUCUCUGUGUCUCCGAACUUGUGAACUUUGUCCUGUAGUUUUCGGAUUUUAUGAGGAACAACCCAUGUAGACAACUGUGUUUGUUGGCUGCAAUUACAAAACAUGGUGCUGUCAUGUGCGAGCCCCAAAGGGGGAAGAAGAGAAUAGUAAAUGGGCGGUUGAAAAAUGAUUAGUUUAUAUUAAUGGUUGACCUAAA